GAAGAAGAGAAACUGGCACAACAUGCCAGAAUGUUGGAGAAACAUCUUCACUGGUCUAUGGGAGUGUUUCCAAAAUAAAGUAUGGGAAUGAUUUUCUUCGGUGACUGCAUGUUUUCUGUAAGCAUUACUGGGAGUGUAGGACACUGAAGGGUUUGAUCUUUCGCCAGGACAGACAGAGUGUCUGCUGUUGUUAUUCUGUGUGAUUAAACUGAAACUAGCCGUUAGCAGUGAGAGUUCAUAUUUACAGGCUGAUAUUUAGUGGUGUAAAAUGUCGGUGCACUUUGAGGAGAGGAGCGGCGUGGUUCCGUGUAAAACUCCCUGGGGUUCCUGGUACCAGACCAUGGAGGAGGUGUUUAUAGAGGUUAAUGUACCUCCUGGAACAUCCAGCAAAGACAUCAAGUGCAGCCUCGGCAGCAAACACGUAGAGCUCAACGUGAAAGGAAAUGAAAUAUUCAGGGGAAAGUUGUUCGGAACGACGGUUGGCGAUGAAGCAACAUGGACACUGGAGGACAAAAAGCUGAUCAGGAUAGUUCUGAUGAAGACGAACCGCGAGGCGGGAAACUGCUGGCCAUCGCUGUUGGAGGAGCAGUACGCUGCUGACCCAUGGCUACAGGACCAGAUGCAGAGGAAACUCACCUUGGAGAGGUUCCAGAGAGAGAAUCCUGGGUUUGAUUUCAGUGGUGCAGAAAUCUCUGGAAACUUCCACCAUGGUGGACCGGAUUUCAGCAGUUUACAGAAAUAACUUGCUAAUCCAAGAGAAGAAAAUAAGGACUGACUGUAGCAGGUUUUUGUUUGAUUGGACAUUGCACUCGAGAUGCUACAUAUCCAGAUGAAUCUCUGAUGCAUAUCUCCAAAUACACAAAAUAAGUGUUCCAGUGUUAAAGCCAUAACUUAAAUUCUCAAGCAAAGCCUUUGUGCCCAUUUUGUAGAUGCCAGUACAUCAAGUUGCCAGUUUCAUUUUUUAAUCCUUUAAGACCGUCGCAGUGAAUAAUCUGGAAACUUGGUGUAUUUGUUAGUGAUAAGACAGACCACAAUGUCUGUACACUGGAGUUAUAAUAAGUGAUUCAGUCAGAUCCAAAAUAAACUUAUUGAAUAAACAGACAAGUGAUAAAAGGUCAGCAUUUCAAUAAGCGUUUUAUUGAAAGGUAAACUUUCAGGGUUCAAAUCACAUUUACUCAAAUCAACUCUUGUCUUUGUACCUACAAGAAAGUCUUCUCUUUUACGUGCAGAACUGAAAUGAAUGACUUUGUCCUAAUCAAUUUAACCAAAUUAGACCCUGUGUGUAAAGGUUUCAUUUUAAACCCUGACCUACAAAAAAAAAAAAAAAAAAAAACAGUUUAAAGGUCAGUCGUGUUAACGUCGAGUGACGCGUCACGUUAGAGAACCGCUCCUGAACAAAACAGACGAGUGGUUAACAAAAGAAAAGGAACUUCAUAUAAUCACCUUGGGCAAGGAGUGUGCUAGAGGACAGUAACGACCUAGGGUGGGAGUGAAGGGCUUUGGGCCGAUUUCUUGGUUCCUCUGAUGUUCGCAUUAAUCACAAAACCCUUCUCCCUCCUCUUCCACACGGUGGACUGAGGACCUAGGCGGUUCAAUACUUUCAACUGCUUUAAACAACCAGCGCCAAUCAGGCGCCGAUUCAAACGAGCGUGCUGCGUACACGCUCGAGCCGAUCAAACCGCAGAGGUGUGACCCUCUCUGGCUGACGGCUAAACACUCGACUACUUCCGAAGUCAAACCAAAUAUUUGCAUGCUGAUAUUUAAACAAAAAAAAAAAAAAAGCAAGCAACAAGAGUUGGUUUCCUUACAGAGCUUCACUCAAUACAGAAGUUCUGGACAGAAACCAAUGUCUAAGAGGAAAAAAAAGAAAGAAAAACCUCACUACAUUCCAUUAGAGAUUAAGAAAGGAACAGAACACAAAAAAAAAAGAA